AUGACCUCCCGCUCGUACCGGGACGCGGUCGACUGCCUCAACUCCCUCCAGUCCAAUGCCGCCACCCUUGAAGCCGUUCGCGCCUCAGGUGGACGGCUCAGCGAGUUUGCCAUCCCCGAAAUGAUUGAGUACCUCCAGAGGAUAGGGCACAACUUGAACCAGCUGAAUGUCAUACACAUCACCGGCACGAAGGGCAAAGGCUCCACAUCCGCCUUUGUCGACUCACUCUUGCGCACCGCUCACCCCGAAUGGAAAGUCGGACUCUACACAUCUCCUCAUCUGGUCGCGGUGCGCGAGCGCAUACGCGUCGGUGGCGCCCCACUGUCCGAGGAUGUAUUCACAAAAUACUUCUUCGAAGUUUGGGACAGACUGAAGGCGAAUACAAAGACGGCACAUCCUCAGACGCCAAUUAUGCCUGGCUACUUCCGCUUCCUGACCUUGUUGGCAUAUCACACUUUCCUUGACCUCAAGGUGAGAACAUACGCUUGGAAACUCACAAACAUUGUCCCCAAACCGAUCGUCACCGGAAUCACCGCCCUCGGUAUCGACCACGUCAACGUUCUGGGCAAAACGUUGAGAGAAAUCGCUUGGCAGAAGGGUGGCAUCUUCAAGAAAGGCGUACCGGCCCUGACUGUAGAGCAACCUGAGGACGCCCUAGAGGUCUUAAAGGGCCAGGCUAUUGAGCUGGAGCUUGGUAGGCUGUUUGUCCCAGCUAUGCACCGCGUAUCUGAGACCAGUGCAGGGCUCUCUGGCAGUCACCAAUAUCAGAAUGCUACUCUGGCUGUGCAUCUUGCCAAAAGGUUCCUUACUGCCCAAACAUCAGAGUCGUAUGAGGCCGAGCUGCCCGCUAUUCUCGCGGAAGGUCUUCAGAAGACUAAGUGGCCCGGUCGCUGCCAGACGGUCUUCGAUCCCGCCCGUUCCCGGGUAACGUGGUUCCUCGAUGGUGCACACACCCGUGAAAGCCUCGAUUGCUGCAUGGACUGGUUUGUCAGCCCAGACACAGUGUUGCGCGCGAAGGAAACAACCCUUGGCCGCACUAGAGUGCUGAUCUUCAACUGCACCAAUGGACGCUCUGGAGGCGACUUCCUCGGUGGGAUGCUUGCAAAAGCCACGGAGAAGCUAAAGGCCCUUGCAGAAGAUCUGGAUGCGAAGGUGCUUUUCGACCGCGUAAUAUUCUGCGCCAACGUCACAUACGCGAACGGUGGUUUCAAGGGCGACCUCACUACGAAGGCGAUCGCGACCGAUGACCUCGCUCAGCUCAAGACCCAGAAUGAGCUGGCUUCGGCCUGGCUCUCCCUUGUUCCCUUGUUCCCGAAGGAGCACGUCCAUGUGUUGCCAUCGAUCGAGCACGCUGUCAACGUCGUGAACGACCUGGGAACUGACCAAGAAGUGGACGUUUUAGUUGCGGGUAGUUUGCACCUGGUUGGGGGUCUGAUUGAGGUCGCCGGUUUGUCAGAUGUGGCCCUAUAG